GUCUAUGCUCUCGUCUUUAUCUAUGCUCUGACAUUAGCAAAAAAAAUUGGACAGGCAGGGAAGAUUUGCUGGUGGUCCUCAUCACCGGCGCGACAGUUUUUUUGAAGUUGCGGAAAUUGUUGAUUUGAUUAAAGCAAUAAAAGGAGUUAAUAUGAGCGGUCUUUUGAAAGUGCAGUCUGGACUAUUUGGCCGAUGCUUAAAUCAUGUUUUCAGUAAGGCACCCGGGGCUUUCGGGUCGAACCGUUCACUGCACAUCAACGUGGACAGACAAAGUGCCAAGCAAUGUGAUGCCGGGGCAGGUUCAUCAGCAUACCCCUGUAUUGAUCACACCUACGAUGCUGUUGUGGUGGGUGCAGGUGGGGCUGGCCUUAGAGCCGCUUUUGGCCUGGUCCAGGAGGGUUUCAAGACCGCUGUAAUUACCAAACUGUUUCCCACUCGAUCCCAUACUGUUGCUGCUCAAGGGGGCAUCAAUGCAGCCCUAGGCAAUAUGGAAGAUGAUCAAUGGCAAUGGCACAUGUACGACACUGUGAAAGGUUCCGAUUGGCUCGGAGAUCAAGACGCCAUACACUACAUGACCCGUGAAGCGCCAAAAGCGGUAAUCGAGCUGGAGAACACUGGAGUGCCGUUUUCCAGGACACAGGAUGGCAAAAUCUAUCAAAGAGCUUUUGGGGGCCAGUCUUUGAAGUUUGGCAAAGGAGGCCAAGCGCAUAGGUGUUGCUGUGUGGCCGACCGGACUGGGCACAGUCUGCUGCACACGUUGUAUGGACAGAGUUUAAGGUAUGACUGUCAUUUUUUCGUCGAAUAUUUCGCGCUCGAUCUAAUCGUUGAAAACGGGGAAUGCAAAGGAGUCAUGGCACUGUGUCUGGAGGAUGGGACAAUCCACAGGUUUAGGUCUAAAAAUACUGUGCUGGCAACUGGAGGCUAUGGACGUGCGUUUUUCUCAUGCACAUCAGCGCACACUUGCACAGGGGAUGGCACUGCCAUGGUAGCGAGAGCGGGGUUGCCCAGCCAAGAUCUAGAAUUUGUUCAGUUCCACCCCACCGGCAUCUAUGGAGCUGGAUGUCUAAUUACAGAAGGAUGUAGAGGUGAAGGUGGUUAUUUGAUCAACUCAGAGGGCGAAAGAUUCAUGGAGAGAUACGCUCCAGUUGCCAAAGACUUAGCAUCUAGAGACGUCGUCUCCAGGAGUAUGACUAUGGAAAUUCGAGAGGGACGUGGCGUCGGACCGGAAAAGGACCACGUCUACUUGCAGCUGCAUCAUUUGCCUGCUGAGCAACUGCAUCAGCGAUUGCCCGGAAUUUCCGAAACGGCCAUGAUAUUCGCCGGUGUUGAUGUGACCAGAGAGCCAAUUCCAGUAAUUCCGACUGUGCACUACAACAUGGGCGGUAUUCCGACGAAUUAUAAAGGACAGGUGCUAACGUCGUGCAACAACGAAGACAAAGUGGUUCCUGGAUUAUACGCUUGCGGUGAAGCAGCUUCCUGCUCAGUUCAUGGUGCGAACAGGUUGGGUGCCAAUUCGCUCCUGGAUUUGGUCGUGUUUGGUAGAGCAUGUGCGCUCACAAUUGCUGAAGAACACAAGCCGGGAGAACGCGUUUCAGAUGUUAAAGCUAACGCUGGGGAAGAAACUGUGGCCAAUUUGGACUGGUGCCGAUACGCAAAUGGGCCUCUGCCAACGGCCAACUUGCGAUUGCAAAUGCAAAAAACGAUGCAAGCGCAUGCGGCCGUUUUUCGCACCGAAGAAGUCUUGCAGGAGGGCAUCGAAAAGAUGAAGGAUCUGUUUGGUCAACAGAAGGAUUUGAAGGUGUCCGACAACAGCCUUAUCUGGAAUUCAGAUCUCGUGGAAACCUUGGAACUGCAAAAUCUUAUGUUGAACGCAGUGAUGACGAUUGUAGCUGCUGAGAACCGCAAGGAGUCAAGAGGAGCGCACGCUCGUGAGGAUUAUAAGUCGCGAUGCGACGAGUUUGAUUACAGUAAACCUCUUGAAGGUCAGCAGAAAAAGCCGAUAACUGAACAUUGGAGGAAACACACAUUGAUCGACAUUGAUCCGAAAAGUGGAGCAGUAAAAAUCAGGUACAGAAACGUGAUAGAUGAAACUUUGAACGAAGCCGAAUGCAAGACGGUCCCUCCAGCGAUUCGAUCUUACUAAUUUCGACCCACCAGGCCCUGUUAUACCAUUAUCACACUUUAAACAUUAGUAAUUUAUGUGGACGUUUUUUGCUUAACGAUUUUAAUAGGUUUGAUUUUGAAAAGAAAAAUAAAGUCAACCGUUGCCGAUGCAAACAUCUAUGUAAAAGUGUCUCCAAGUCGGGCUUAGACCGCCUAGAUUCUGCGGGAAGUAUUUUUUAAGCAAUUAUUUCGGUAGGUGUAUAGCGUAUUUAUUAUUUUACUGUAAGAUAAUCGGAGAUACAUUGACUGUUGUGAAUAAAAGUCGAGUUUUCUGUA